GGGGGAUGGAUAAGGUGCCAAAUUGCAGAAUUGGGUUUUAGAAAUACACAGGGAGAGAGACACACACUAAGAGACGAAGAUAGAUAGAUAGAUAGAUAGAGAGAGAAAGAGAGAUACAGUACAAUGUCAGCUUCGCUUUCGUUCCUAGCGUCUUCUCAGCAGCUAUGGCUGCGUCCUCAGCUCGUGGGAGUGGCGGCGACUCCGUCUCCAAGGCCUCAGUCUCGGUCUCUUGUCGUGGAAGCCAAAGCCACCACCAAAAGAGAAGACAGGACCGCCCGCCAUACCCGUAUCAGAAAGACGGUUGAAGGGACUCCCGAAAGGCCCAGGCUGGCUGUCUUCCGCUCCCACAAGCAUCUCUAUGUCCAAGUGAUUGAUGAUAGCAAGAUGCACACACUUGCUUCGGCUUCAACAAUGCAGAAACCCAUCUCUGAAGAAUUUGACUACACUUCUGGUCCUACCAUUGAAGUAGCAAAGAAGGUAGGAGAAGUGAUCGCAAAGUCAUGUUUGGAGAAAGGGAUCUCAAAGGUGGCCUUUGACCGUGGUGGAUACCCAUAUCACGGACGUGUGCAAGCCCUUGCUGAUGCAGCCAGGGAACACGGCCUUCAGUUCUAAGAUCACGAAAUACUUCAAUCCUAUUUUGGACCGUCGUACCCCUUUUGUAGUUUCUGUAAAAGAUUUGGAUGGAAGGAUGUAUCAAUGUGUAAGCAGAGUUGCUGUUUCCUAGUUAAUUGAACAUUUGACAUUGAGACGCUGUCAAUUUUCUUUCCAAUUCAGUUUGUAUCCCUGAAAAUUAUACGCAUCGGAGAUGAAAUUCUUAUAUGUGGUGAUUAGUUUAUAUCUUGAUAAUUGACUCA